GCCGACAACGAAAAUACGGAAGUAUUAGUGGCGUAGAUAAGUGCUAACAUGAGAGCUAUUUAGUUCUUAAGAUAAAAUUAGACGGAAAAAUGCCUGGACUUAUUAUGUUUGGGCGCCGUUGGGGGAUAGGAAGUGACGAUUUUGUCUUUCCAGUUCUAGCUGAGAUCUUUUUGAGAUUAGCGUGGUUGAUUGCAAUGUCCAUUGUAUUCCACAUCCAUCAGAAUGAGCCUCAGAACUGUUCCGGUGGAACACUUUUGCAGGCCUACUUCAUUGGUGCACUAUUCCUUCUGUGUUUGACCAUAGUGCUGGACAUAAUUAUUGUAUAUACCAGCAUGCAGGGCUCCAUCAUGUACCCCUACCCUAGAAAGCGGAUGCCUCGACUACUAUAUGUGAAGAUAGGUGUUUCUGUGCCAGAGCUUGCCUGGAUUAUACUGGGAACUUACUGGUCGUUUGGGCUUGCCAGUGGCUGUGUGGCCAGUGUUGUAAUGACUGUGAAGGGAGCCGUUCUGUGUGGCUGGGCCAUUGCUUUUCUCCUCCUUAUAGGCCUUUUUGUUGUGUUUGACCCAUUGGGUGGUCUGCGUGCUAAGAGGUCACAGCUGGGAGUGUUGGAAAGCAGCACGCAGGAACAGAUGAUGACCACUGCCCAGCACACUGCAAUGAAGACAUGGGAAAGAAGAUGUAAGUUCCUGUGUUGCUGUGUAUCAUGUGAUGAUCGAAGUCAUGAUGCCUUCACAGAGAUUGCUAAACUUCUGACUGACUUUUUUCAGAAUGUGGAGCUGGACCUGGUGGCAACAGACAUUGCAGCAGGACUCAUACUGGUCAAUAGGGAGCAGGAUGUGUCACUGCUCACCGCCACGUCUGAGAGGUCCAAUGACAAUUAUGGUUCUCUGUCACUAGACAGGAAACCACAGUACUGCUCACUGACCACAGAGGGUCAGGUUUCGGAUACAUUGACCGCAGGCACAAGGAUCGCAGACACACAUGACCAUCCUAGCUCAGCAUCAUCUAGAGUCAGUAACAGUGUUCCUAACAGUGACAGGAGGCCACACCCCCAGGACUGGAUGACCAUUAAGAACAUGAGCCAUUACAUGAAGUAUGCCAUGGCCAGUUAUGGUUGGCCUCUGUUUGUGUUUGCGAAUCUGUCCCUGGGUCUCUGUAAACUGUGUGGUCAGUGCCGUUGUUCUUUUUUACAACAUUGUCCGUCGUGGGAUGACUGCUGUGGGAGUGGAAGUGCGUCGGUGCGUUGUGAAUAUGAUGACAUAAAUGGUGGUAAUCAGAGCCAGUGUUGUGCCUGUGCCAGAGACAGUGGGGAGGUUCACUAUGACAACUGCUGCCAGUGUCACACUGCAGCGAUAAGGAAGUGGACAGACGUGGAUGAUGCUGACCUCCUUUAUGUUAGCUUUUAUAACAAGAUUUAUGCCAUUCCAUUUUUUGUGGCUAUAGACAGAAAGGAAAAGGCUGUUGUUGUGUCUAUUCGGGGAACAUUAUCCUUGAAAGAUGCCCUGACUGAUCUGUCAGCAGACUGUGUAUGUAUAGACCAGGAUGAGUGUGCUGACUGGAAAUGUCACAAAGGUAUCUACCAGGCCGCCUGCUAUAUCAGGGAUGAACUACAGAAUAGACAGAUACUGGAGAAAGCCUUCCAGCAAAACCAGGGUGCGAGAUUGGUGGUCACUGGUCACAGUUUAGGGGCUGGAGCAGCCGCCCUACUGGCUAUUCUGCUCAAACCUCACUUCCCAGACCUUAUUUGCUUUACAUUCUCUCCACCGGGGGGACUCCUCAGCCACAAGGCCAGCUCUUGUUGCUCUGAUUAUGUGUGUUCUGUGGUGUUGGGACGGGAUCUGGUACCCAGGCUUGGUAUUUGCUCGAUGGAACAUCUCAAAACAAGUAUACUGACAGCCAUACGUCGCUGUGAUAGACCAAAGUAUCAGGUGAUAGCCAGUGGGAUGUGGCAGGCUGUAUGUACUCUAUGCCCAGGAGACAGUGCCAACUCAUGUGGGUGUCGAAUUGAUCCACCUCUCCUUUCUGACCAGGGAUCCUCUGUAUAUGUUACCGGACAAAGGAAUGUAGAGGAAGCCAUGGAGAGUGCCAUUAUGCAGAGUGAACAGUGUAGGAUCACGUACCCGACCAUGUAUCCUCCUGGCCAGGUCCUCCAUAUUGUGGAGGUAGAUUCAGACAAGUCAUGCUGUGCGUCACCUACAUACUUCGCUGAGUGGAAAACGCCUGAAGAUUUCCAGGAAAUCUUGGUUAGUCCAGACAUGCUGACCGAUCAUCUUCCGGAUAAUGUGUGGAAGGCACUUGUCCAGUUGGAGGACAAACAUUUCAACCCUAAACAUCGUCGCUCGACUUCAAGUAUAGCUACAUGACAGUACUUCUUGUUCUAUAUGACUAUUCAUAAUACUGUCAUUAACAAACAGGCAUUUCCAAAUCCUAUUUCAUAUACCAUGUGCCUCUAAUUUAUAUUUUUUGUAUAUCUUAUAUAAAUGACUAGUUAUUAAUGAAACGUUUGAUAAGCUGAGUAUAAUAUUUUUAAUUUUUAUGAUAAAUGCCUGUUAGAAAUCUAUGAUGACAGACCCCUGUUAGAAGCCUAUGAUGACAGACUCCUGUUAGAAGCAUAUGAUGACAGACCCCUGUUUGAAGUCUAUGAUGACAAACCCCUGUUAGAAGUCUAUGAUGACACACUCCUGUUAGAAGUCUAUGAUGA